ACCACGUGUCGGGGCGGGGAACGGCGGGGCCGGGCCCGGGCUCCGCCAGCCCCAGCGCCGCAGCUAAACCGCGGCUUAGCGCAUCCUUCUCGCCCAUGCCAGGUGCCUGUCCCCGGCUGGGAGGUGAUUGAGGAGCCAUGGGGCCUCUGCGAGAGAGCGGCAAGCAGGAGCAGAAGACGCAGCUGGAGAAGGAGGUGUCCCGCAGCCGCAUCCCCCGCCUGGUCCUCCGGCCGCAGCAGAAGGUCUCUCCCGCUUCCGAAUCGCCCUUUUCCGAAGAAGAGAGCCGGGAAUUCAACCCGCCCAGCUCCUCCGGGGGCUCCGGCAGGACCGUCAGCAGCAACAGCUUCUGCUCAGAUGACACUGGCUGUCCUAGUAGCCAGUCAGUAUCUCCAGUUAAGACUCCUUCUGAUGCUGGGAACAGUCCAAUCAGUUUUUGCACUGGUAGCGAUGGAGACUUCUCCAGGAAGAAAUUCAGUCCAGGGACAAUGAGCGAAGGGAACCCGCAGCUGGCUCGAUAUAAGAAGGAGUCAAAGACAAGCCUUGUAAAGCCUGGGAGUGAAGCUGAUUUUAGCUCUUCAAGCAGCACAGGCAGUAUUUCAGCGCCUGAAGUCCAUAUGUCUGCUGCUGGAAGCAAAAGAUCUUCUUUUUCUCGCAAUCGUGGCCCUUAUGGUCGGAAUAAUGGAUCCUUAUCCUACAAGUCCGGAGCCAGCCCACCUGCUUCCCAUGAAAAGGACCCUUUGUCAACACUGUGCAAAAACCAGCUGAGUCCUGCUAACAUCCAUCAGAGUUACAGGGCUUCUUCAGCCAGCAGCAGCAACUCAGGCUCGUACAAAGGAAGCGACAGCAGCCCAGUGAUGAGGCGAUCAGGGAGAUACAAUUCUUGUAGUGAUAAUCACAGCAUUAAGCCACAAAAUCCAGAGCAGUAUUUGACUCCUCUGCAGCAGAAAGAAGUUACAGUACGGCAUUUGAAAACAAAGCUGAAGGAAUCUGAGACCAAACUUAAGGAAAGGGAGACAGAAAUAGAAGAGCUCAAAGCUCAGCUGGGACGGAUGAGGGAAGACUGGAUUGAAGAAGAGUGUAACCGUGUGGAGGCAGAGCUGGCCUUAAAGGAAGCAAGAAGCGAAAUUAAACAACUCAAGCAGGUUAUUGAAACCAUGAAAAACAGCUUGGCUGAGAAGGACAAAAAAAUUCAGAAAUACUUCGUAGACAUAAACAUUCAAAACAAAAAACUGGAAUCUUUGCUGCAGAGCAUGGAGCUGGCUCAGAACAGCUCUGUGAGGGAUGAGCAGAGCCUGGAGUACACGAGUGACUCAGAGGGGAAGCCGUUAGCGUUGUGUGCCACAACGCCAGACAGCCUCAUCACAGAGGACCAAGUUUUGGAGGAGGUGGCAGAUAGUGGGCUGCUUCUUAAUGAGGACACAGCUAACGGGACUGAUUCAUCUGAAGAGAGUUUGACCACCACAACCUCUGAGUUGAGUGAUCUAGCUCCCUCCAGUUCUGCUGUGAAUAAAGAGAUGCUUGAAAAUAUUCUGGAUGAAAAACUAACUUCUUCCCAAGAGGAGGAGGAAAGCAGCAACAUGAUGGUGGAACAGGCCAUCCAGACUGACGUGGUGCCAUAUAGCCUAGAUGUGGAGCAGCUUAUUCAAAACAUCUUCAGAGCUCAAGAUGCCUGUCCUCUAAGCCCACCUUCUUCACUGAAGGAAUUGGGUGAAUUUUCUCUUGGAAGCUUCAGUGAUUCUGGUAUCAUAGUGGACUUAACUCCAAGUGAUCCAAACUCUGCCAUCCUUUUGUCUCCUAUGGAGUCUCCAUGCAGGAAGGUGGAGCACGGAGUUAAUGAAAACCGUUUCAUGAAAGAACUUGAUUUUACAGAACCUCAUGAUGAUGAAGCCUUUGGGUACGUCAAUACUUUCUCUCAGACAGGAAUAAAGAGGAGAUACUGGAGCAGCAGCCUCCUCAGAGAUGUUCUGGCUGUAGCAGCCCCUGUUGUACCAACUAUCAUGUGGGUUUUCAGUACUCAGAGGGGAGGAACAGAUCCUGUUUACAACAUUGGAGCAUUGCUUCGUGGUUGCUGCCUGGUGGCCCUGCACUCUUUACGCCGUACACCCUUCAAUAUCAAAACCUAAAGUCCACUCUGUCCCUGGGCACCAACUGGCUGAAGCAGAGAGAAGGAGGGAUGAGAUAGAUAAUAAAAAGUUAUUGUAUAUUCUGGCAGAGUCCAUCAUUUUGCUUUUGGCUAUUUGAUUUGCACUAUAAAUAGGUUCGAAAACAUGUUCCUUGUUUCAAAAUAAAAAAAGCUGAACCCUGUAGUUCCACAAGAUGUUUUUAACUGGUGUUUUUAACAGUACCGCUGCCUGCAGAAAUAGUCCUCCUGCUCCCAGGCACUGUCCCCUCCCCUGUGCUGGUGUCUUUCUGGUGCCAGUGCAUCUGCACAGUGAAAACGACCAGGGAAAUCAAGAAUUACAGUUAGUGCUCUUUCGUGUUCUGGGUUAGCAUUAAGCUCAGUCACUUUCCCUGGCUGGUUCACUGGGCAAGUGCUUUGCACUGGCUCAAGGGUAGCACGAGACGCACGUGGGAACAAAUGGCUAGAGAAAGGUGGAAUAUUUUUUUAGGCAGCAGUAACCUAAAACAUUUGUGAAACUAAAGUGUUAAGUAAGUGACAUGGAGACUCGUUCCCACUAAGGGUAUCACACACGUGCUCCAGAAAGCAUGCUAGCGCUUUCCAUUUGUUGUCUGAAGUGUCAAUUCAAUUUAGACGUAAAACUCAUACACCCCAGGCAGCUUCCAGCACAUCGUUCAUGCCUGUCUCGUGUAGUGCUCUUCUCAAUCGUAUAAUUGCUCGAGCAUUUCACUGGUCUUGUGCAUAUUCGGGGACUGUAACCAAAAAUGUACCUUGUUGGGAGUCUUGAAACUUGUUACAAUGAUAAGUAUAGACGUGGCUACACUUUGAAUCUUAAUGUUGUUUUAAAGUCUUACUGUAUUGGAACCUGAUAGUCUUUCGAGCCCUUUGAAAUACUAUGUAUAAAUUUAUUGUGUUUUAACUUAUUGUUUAUUUAAUUGCUUUAUUGUAAAUUACCUUUAUAAUCACAAGUUCAGUAAAGCAUGUUAGAAACGGCA